CGAUUCAGUGAUCCGGAACCACACCCCGGCUGGGCAGACGAGAGGGACGCUAGUACGCAUGGAGCCACCUGCCCUUCGUCGAACAUGAUUCCGAACGAGAGUGAGGACUGCCUGUUCCUUAACGUGUAUACUCCAUUGUCGCCCGCGGGUGGUAAUCGACCGGUCUUAGUGUUCAUCCACGGCGGUGGUUACAGUGCUGGGUUUGGAGAUGAAGGUCUCUACGGCAGCCAGUACUUCAUGACGGAGGACGUGGUGGUCGUUACCUUCAACUAUCGCCUGGGAGUGCUCGGAUUUUUCAGUACCGGCGAUCGUGCCGCGGCCGGCAACUGGGGUCUGAAGGACUGCAUCAUGGCGUUACGCUGGGUUCAGGAUCACAUCGCGGCGUUCGGAGGCGAUGCGGGCAGCGUUACGAUCUACGGUGAAUCGGCUGGUGCUGCUAUCAUUCACCUACUCCUCAUAUCGCCACUGACGGGUGGAUUGUUCCACCGCGCGAUCGCCAGCAGCGGAUCGCCCUUCAACUCGUGGGCCUUCCAACCGAAUCCAGUCCAUUACGCGAAACGCUUGGUGGAAGCACUGGACCUGGAGACCACCGAUACGACUGCUAUGGUGGCAGCUCUCCGGCUGGUUCCGUACUCGGCGUUGAUCGCGCAACAGGAAAAGGUGUUCGCAUCAGCGACCGUCCCGCUACUGGGGCCUGUCGAUUUUGGUCCAGUUGUCGAGCCACCGGAUGCGCCCGGAUUGAUCGUCCUGCCACGGACGCCGAUGGAGCUUAUCGAGGACGGUGCAUAUCAGACGGUGCCAUUGUUAACCGGCUUCAACGACUUGGAGUCGAUACUGUUUAUAGUGCGAGAGGACUUCACUCCCAACCUGUACGACUCGUUCAACGCGAACCCGCACUAUCUGGUGCCGAUGGCGUGGAACAUCUCGGAAGGUAGUACCGCUGCCAAUGCCAUUAGUAACGCGUUCGCUCAGUUCUACUGGCAAGGCCAGAUGCUGGGACCGGAGUUGUUGGAACAAUUCUCCUGGUACAUGACCGAUGCAAUGUUCGCGAUCGGUGUACUGGAGAUGGCGAAAUUGCACUCAACCCGGACGCCGGUCUACGUCUAUCACUUCACCUACGACGGUGACCUGAACCUGUACAAAAAACCACUGGGCGUCUCCAUACCGGGGGCGGUACACGCGGACGAGACAUGCUACCUGUUCGACACGAAGACAUUUGUGACCGAGCCAACUCCUGCCGCUAGUCAUGCGCUCACAGUCCGCCAGCGGAUGCUACGUCUUUGGAGCAACUUUGCCAAGUAUGG